AUGGAGUUUGGUCAUAAAGACAAGAAGCGAGUCAAGGUCGAGGAUGCAUUCAGUAAUUUGGAUCUGUCUCCUUAUUGCGCCAUCUUUUCAGCAAUCUCGAAGGAUGCAAUCACCAACUCUCACGACAAAAUCCUCUACCUGCUGAACCGUUACAUCAAAAUCAAGCAUUUUGACAAUGUCGAUGUCAUCGCUACGGCUGUUAUCCAAAAGUUGGUCGAUCCAGAUCCGGAAACACGAACGGUUGCAUUGAAUUUGGCUCUAGCUUUGGUGAACUCGCCUGCUUCACGCUCCGAUCGACUACCAUUCGACCGUGCUUCAUUACAACAGUUGGCUCUCUCUUUCCUCAACGAUGAUGAGGGUCAAGUCCGUGUCGCUGCUUUGAAGGCCUUGUACCAUUUGCACGGCACAGAUACCUUUUGUGAACCAACCAAUUACGAUCGAAUAUCAAAGCUCACAAGAGUUGAUGAUGUACCGGAUGUGAGAAUGCAGGCUAUGACUCUCUUGUGGGCCAUGGCACACAAAUAUCCAGCUUUCGAUCUGGAAGCCAAUGCUAAACGACGCAAUGGAUCUAACUAUCCUGUAUGGACUAUAGAGAAUGAUGCAUUCAUGCGCUUUUGUGAAAUGGCAAUGGACUCUGAAAAGGAAAUUCGAUCAAGAGCUAUGAAUUUCAUUGGAACAUUUCGCUAUGUCAAGGAGGCUUUUAUCUUGCAGACUCUUAAUAAACAGAGUAUAACUUCAUUCAAACGGAAUGCUGGGCAGCUAGAUCAGCAAUGGGCUCUUCGAUCUGGCAAGGAUGUUGAUUAUAUGGACAAUAAUGAACGUCUUGUCGAAAUAUCUGCUUGUGGUGCCUUUAUCCACGGUUUGGAAGAUCAACAUCCUAUCGUUCGUAAUGCUGCUAUUGAUGCCAUGUGUGAAUUGGCAUGCCGAGCAUCCAAUUCAACCCGUUUCGCUGCUGAAGCAGUCACCUUCCUAAUCGACAUGUUCAACGAUGAAGAUGAAUCUGUUCGUCAAAAUGCAGUUUCGUCUCUCUUCAAACUCGCUCGUGAACGACGCAUCAUCAUCACAAUCAAGGAUUUAGAUAACGUGAAACUGAUAUUACAAGACACGAAAUCAAGUGUUCGACAAUCUGCCCUAGACAUGUUGGGGAAUGUAAUGGUGGACUCGAUUCAAGCUUUUUCGAAUUUGCAUGGAAUGAUGCAACACCAUAUCCAGCAUCGUGAGGAUGAUCGAGUGUAUGUUUAUCGGUGUCUUGGAAAGCUGGGGAAAUCACAUGCGCUCUUUGUCCAUGUUGGCAAUGUCGUCCUUACUUACAAUGCCAUGAGUGUUGCUACGAGUUUCAUCAAUGAGCUCCCUACAUAUAUUAUACGGCACUAUCCAUACUACCGUGACUCGUUUCCAGAAAGUGUACCUGAUUUCGCCUUUGAGGGAAACUCGAAAGCACCUAGUUUGAAUCCGAUGUUAGAUUCCUCAAUAUCUCAAAUCCAACUGUUUUCACAACAAGUCGUUGAAAUGCUGCCCAGUGUCCUGCCGCUCGUGACUACUCCUACUCCAUCAUUACUGGAAUCUGCAAGUAAAAUGUUGGAAUCUCUGAACUGUCGAAUUGAACAUUUGAACUCGUUGGGUGUCAAGUCCAUCAUGGGAUCUGCUCAGUUUUCAUACCACAUCUUGUCUGUGUAUCAAAUUAUCAUCAAGGCAAAGAAGACACUGAAUCUCCUGACACCAUCUCAACCACUACGUGAUUGUGCAUUUCAUAUAAUGUCAAUCACGUAUACUCUCCAUGUACAUUUUCUUGGUGUGCCUGUCCAAGAAUCCCCAGCACUACAGACAUUGAGAUUGUUUGCACAUGCUUUAUGGGUGUAUGCAUCGAUUGCAAGUGGCGUAAUAGCACAGAAUGAGUCGGAUGUUGAUCUGAAAAGUAAGGUUGAGGAAUUGGUAGAGAGAGCGAGAGGUUUGUUACAUGUAUGUCAAGGACAGGAGACGUGCACGUUUGUGUACUCUAUAGCUUCAAUACAGCCAGAUUCAGUUCUAAGGGUCAGCAGUCUGCGAAACGCUAUUUUGAAUGCAGCUGUACCACACCUAAUGCACCUAAAACUGUUGCGACAUACUCAUGCUACGAUUGAUGGGUCAAAACUAGUUGGCAAAUAUACUUUGCCACAUAUUUAUGAACUCGCUGUUACCUUUAAUGUGUACAAUAUGAUGGAUACAGGAAGUAUUCGCAUUCAUGUCUCAAUAGACAACACCCGCCAAUCAUUCAAACCAUCCUCCACCGAUUUCACAAUCACGCCGUUUGAAUCAACAUGUACCCUACACAUCCCAAUCAAAACACCAUCAACUAUAAUAGGUCCAUAUAACGCAAGUAUAGAGAUUGUGAAUCUGUUUCAUGUCAAUCAUUUAUUGGAUGCCAGUAUAUUGAACUGGGGAUUGGAUCCUAAUUUUGGUAAUUCUCAGAAUGUUAUUGGUGGUAGUACUAGUAAUCAAGGUCAAGCUCAGAAUCGGUAUGGACGUCUUUGUAUGCAUUCCUCAUCAGUCAGUUAUAGCAUACCGAACAUGCCUGUACAAAGCAAUGGCAACUAUGAAAGUUGA